GUUUCAUGGAAGAAAAAGAUUAACAGGUCAACACGCGUAGUAGGCUACUAAGGGAAGGAGGGGUUAUAUCCUGAACUACCGGAGAGACGCUCAUGUUCACGCUCACACUACUCGUCAACUGUCUGUCCUGACAAGAGUGAGACAUCAGAUGUCCGCGGGAAAUAUGGACCAUGAGAGGAAAAGAAAAAUGAAGGAGCAAUGUGCCCUGAGGAAGGACAUCAUCAAAGAGUUCCUGGCAGAAUUUCUGGGGAUAUUCGUAUUAAUACUAUUUGGAUGUGGCUCGGUGGCCCAGACGGUGCUGAGUAAGGGAGCUCUGGGAGAACCCCUGACCAUCCACAUCGGCUUCACUCUGGGGGUGAUGAUGGCCGUCUACGUGGCUGGGGGAGUUUCAGGGGCCCAUGUGAACCCAGCAGUCUCCCUGGCCAUGGUGGUCCUGGGCAAGCUGCCAAUAAAGAAGUUCCCUGUCUACGUGGCAGCACAGUUCCUGGGUGCCUUUGCUGGAUCUUGUGCUGUCUAUGGGUUGUAUUAUGAUGCCUUAAUGGAACACACAGGAGGAGUUAUGCAAGUUACUGGCAUCAAUGCCACAGCUAAUAUAUGGGCAUCCUACCCUGCCAAGCACAUCUCAGUCCUUGGAGGAUUCGUAGACCAGGUAAUAGGAACAGCUGCCUUGAUCCUGUGCAUUCUGGCCAUUAUUGAUGGGAAGAACAUUGGAGCUCCUAAAGGGAUGGAGCCACUGUGCAUUGGCCUGAUCAUCAUGGCCAUCGGCGUGUCCAUGGGACUCAACUGUGGCUAUCCCAUCAACCCUGCUAGAGACCUGGGCCCAAGGCUCUUCACUGCUGUGGCCGGAUGGGGCAUGGAGGUGUUCCGUGCUGGAGGCUGCUGGUGGUGGAUCCCAGUAGUGGGGCCCAUGGUGGGAGGAGUGGUGGGAGCCGCCGUUUACUUCCUGUUCAUCGAGCUGCACCAUGCCGAGCCUGAGAAACAGGGGGAGAACAACAUCAAGGACAAAUACGAGAUGGUCACCCUGAGUUAGACAGAGAGGCCAUGAGCACCAAUGGUACUGAGGCUUGGCAGCUUCCUACCCCUUUAACCCUCAACAGGCUAAACAUUCACCUCAAUGAGGCCACACUUGACACAACCUUCUCCGCCUGCACUAGAGUAAUUUCCUCUGUCUAAGGGACCUGAGGUCAGGUCUCAGUCUCUGCACUCUCAUGGACAGGUCCACUGAAAGAAUGCCAGUUGAGCCAACAAAUAAAAAACACAAACAGUAUGUAAUGUUAAAUUCACAAUCACAAGCUGAGAUCUCAGGCAUGUUUACUAGCCCAUGACAUCAUCAUCAGGUGUUCAGACUAUCCAUUCUACUCUGAGGAUAGUUCCUGAGUACAGUGAUUUUUAAGAAUUUAUAUUGCAUUUCUUGUAUAGGGAUAUUUUUCAUUGCAGGAGGAAUUUUCCAAGUUUGAAACCGUCUCAAUAUGUUCUCUUUCAGGCAGAGGCAAUGGUAAAUGUUAUUAACAACACCAAUGGUAAAUGUUAUUAACAACACCAAUGGUAAAUGUUAUUAACAACACCAAUGGUAAAUGUUAUUAACAACACCAAUGGUAAAUGUUAUUAACAACACCAAUGGUAAAUGUUAUUAACAACACCAAUGGUAAAUGUUAUUAACAACACCAAUGGUAAAUGUUAUUAACAACACCAAUGGUAAAUGUUAUUAACAACAUAGAAAAUAGCCAGUAACAGUUUCUGUGAUGGAAGGAAGGAAGUGUGUAUAUUUUUUUGUUAUUGAGCUAGUUUAAUGGUAUGCUCUCUGGAGUGUCUUCCGUCUUCUGCUUCACUUCAUCCAUCUAUUUGUUACAGUUAUGUGAAUCGCUCUGCCUGCUGUGACACACAGCCUCAUCACUGCAUGUGUGCUAUAGCUAACACACAGCUAUGUAUUUGUGCUUUGAAAAGCUCAUAGUCUUGUUUCCUAGCUUUUAUUUUUAGAGGGCAGAAAAAACAGCCUUAAUGUGUGUGAAAUGAGCCUCCCACCGUUCUGUUUGUACUCUCUCUCUCUCGUGGAGCACAGAACUGUGUAUCGUGACACGGCAUCACUUCUAAAUUAUUUUUAUCUGACUUUUAUUUCCUCUUAUAUAACGUUCCUGCUGUCGUGUGCACACAUUUUCAUAGAAGCAUGAGUAGGGGAGCCUAGUAUCUACAGUACCUAGCAUGAGUAGGGGAGCCUAGUAUCUACAGUAUCUAGCAUGAGUAGGGGAGCCUAGUAUCUACAGUACCUAGCAUGAGUAGGGGAGCCUAGUAUCUACAGUACCUAGCAUGAGUAGGGGAGCCUAGUAUCUACAGUACCUAGCAUGAGUAGGGGAGCCUAGUAUCUACAGUACCUAGCAUGAGUAGGGGAGCCUAGUAUCUACAGUACCUAGCAUGAGUAGGGGAGCCUAGUAUCUACAGUACCAUUGGACAUGUUUUAAUAAACAAAAUACUGUAUGAAGAGUCCAAUGAGAGAUAGUUUACCCCACUGGCCAAUGGCCAUAUGGGAAUGUAUAAAAAUUGUUUGUUUAUCGUAAUCAAUACGUUAUUCCUCCAAUGAUGUGACAAUGAUUUAACCACUGAGGAACUCCUACACUAUGACCUAUAGUGAACUGGACAAUAACAGAAUAACAUCAGUGCAACUUCCAAGAAUAGAGCCCUUCAACUCAGACAAAAACACUCAAAUGAACACUCAAGUGAUGUUAUUUAGCCAUGGGUGGGCAGAGCAACAUGGAUGGGCAGAGGAACAUGGGUGGACAGAGGAACAUGGGUGGGCAGAGGAACAUGGGUGGACAGAGGAACAUGGAUGGACAGAGGAACAUGGGUGGACAGAGGAACAUGGGUGGACAGAGGAACAUGGGUGUGCAGAGGAACAUGGGUGGGCAGAGGGACAUGGGUGGGCAGAGGAACAUGGGUGGGCAGAGGAACAUGGGUGGGCAGAACACUAGUUCCCUAUUCCCAGAAGAGCCCUCACCAAUGGAACACAUAGCAUUUUAUAACCUGUAUGUGGCUUACUACUGAACCAGAUAUAAUUCGUAAGGAAUAAUAAAGCUCUUUAGAAAUUAUUUUCUAUAUUACUUAGUGGUUUAGUUGCUGUAGUUUCUUAUUGUAGUUCAUUUUUUGUUUAAAACAAUUGCUACAUGUACUUUGGAUGACUACAUGAUGCUAGCUUGAUUCUCCUGAGAUUCAACCUUUGGAUGACUACAUGAUGCUAGCUUGAUUCUCCUGAGAUUCAACCAUUGGAUGACUACAUGACGCUAGCUUGAUUCUCCUGAGAUUCAACCAUUGGAUGACUACAUGACGCUAGCUUGAUUCUCCUGAGAUUCAACCAUUGGAUGACUACAUGAUGCUAGCUUGAUUUUCCUGAGAUUCAACCAUUGGAUGGCUACAUGAUGCUAACUUGAUUCUCCUGAGAUUCAACCAUUGGAUGGCUACAUGAUGCUAGCUUGAUUCUCCUGAGAUUCAACCAUUGGAUGGCUACAUGAUGCUAGCUUGAUUCUCCUGAGAUUCAACCAUUGGAUGGCUACAUGAUGCUAGCUUGAUUCUCCUGAGAUUCAACCAUUGGAUGGCUACAUGAUGCUAGCUUGAUUCUCCUGAGAUUCAACCAUUGGAUGGCUACAUGAUGCUAGCUUGAUUCUCCUGAGAUUCAACCAUUGGAUGGCUACAUGAUGCUAGCUUGAUUCUCCUGAGAUUCAACCAUUGGAUGACUACAUGAUGCUAGCUUGAUUCUCCUGAGAUUCAACCAUUGGAUGGCUACAUGAUGCUAACUUGAUUCUCCUGAGAUUCAACCAUUGGAUGGCUACAUGAUGCUAGCUUGAUUCUCCUGAGAUUCAACCAUUGGAUGGCUACAUGAUGCUAGCUUGAUUCUCCUGAGAUUCAACCAUUGGAUGACUACAUGAUGCUAACUUGAUUCUCCUGAGAUUCAACCUUUGGAUGACUACAUGAUGCUAGCUUGAUUCUCCUGAGAUUCAACCUUUGGAUGACUACAUGAUGCUAGCUUGAUUCUCCUGAGAUUCAACCAUUGGAUGGCUACAUGAUGCUAGCUUGAUUCUCCUGAGAUUCAACCAUUGGAGGAGUACAAUGUUUUAUGGCUGUUGUUUUUUUGUUGCUUCACUUGGCUUAAGAAAAGAUAAAAGGCACUUUUCCUCACACAAUUUUUCUCAGAUGCUAUUUGAUAAAAGUUACUUGUUUGUGAAGGUCAUUUUGUAAUUUAUACAACUGUAAUGUAGAUUUGACAAAAAUACAUGUUUGAUGUGUAUUUC